AACACGCAUGCGUAGUGAUGGCGGCUGCUGUAGAUUCUGAUUGGAGUUUGCGUGAAGUCUUCAAGAGAGCGUGGGGUUUGUAUGGAGAAAUCGAAUCGUUUCAUGGCAGUUCUAUGGACGACGCCCAUCAAUCUCGUAUUAGAGACGCAAUAAAGCAGUUUGAGCAGGCAACACGUUUGGUCAAUGAUUUUGCCCUUUUCAGUGAUAAUGAAGAAUUAACGGAGGUGACCACGCCAUCCGUCAAAUACUUGCUUCUACCUGCCCUCUUAGGUCAACUGCAUAUGAAACUGACUGACAGCAUGCGUCGGGAAAGACUGGAAACAGCCAAGAUUUACUUUCGAGAUUUCCUUCAGCGUUGUGAGCAGUAUGGAUUAGAAAUGAAGGACAAGAGCGUUCUCAAAGAUGCAGCAGUAGAAUCGAAUGGACGGACAGAGAGUCCUGAUGUUGCCAGUAUGGCAUCUCGACGUCAAGCGAAAAUUGAAGAAUACAGAAGGAUUAAGGCCGACACAGAGAGGCUGACACAACUAGAAGAAAUGCUUGAGAAAAAUCCAGAGGACGAGGAAACUGAACGGGAGUAUUACAUAAUGCAGUUGAAUGUGAAUAUACAGAAAGCCAUUGAUGAAUUAAGGAGCAUAGCACAAGAAAUUAAUAUUCUCAAGCAGAUAGAGAAGGCAAGUCAAACAGACAGCCAACCUCCAUCGAAACCAAAACAGUGUGACCCUUCUGACAGACAACCCAGGGGUCCAUUUUUAUUAUUACCAAGAAAUGAGGCUCAGAAAAAGGUGUUUGGUGCAGGAUAUCCUAGUCUCCCUACGAUGACCCUCGACGAAUUCUACGAGCAGAGAUAUAAAGAUCACAUGCAAAAAGUAACACAAACAACCGAAACUGCCAAGCGUUCUCAAGAGGAAGAUAAAGAUCGAGAUGAAGACAAUGAUGAGAAACUAAAAGGGAUGAGGGAAUGGGACGAUUUCAAGGACACACAUAGAAGGGGAUGGGGUAAUAGACAGAAUAUGGGAUAAAGUGAUCAAGCUGUUAGUGGUGAAUGUAUUAUAAUUCCUACAUGUGUGCUAAUCAACUCUUUGGCUGGUUCCCUGCAUUGGUAUGCGACGAAUUAGGCAAUGAAUUUU